UCAAAUUCACCCCAAAUUAAUAAACUAACAUUUUUUCCAUUCAUUCACCCUAAUAUUAUUUUCAUCUUUUCUCACGUAUUCUCUUCCCAUUUUUUUUUUCAAAAGAGUAUAAUUAAUUAUAAACCUAUUUUUUCCAAAUAAUUUUCCUCUGUUUUUGCAAAAAUUGCAAAAAUGGGGCAGCAAUCGUUGAUAUUAAGCUUUGUAGCGAGAGGAUCGGUGAUACUUGCAGAAUAUACAGAAUUUACAGGGAAUUUUACGUCGGUUGCAACUCAAUGCCUUCAAAAAUUACCUUCUUCAAGCAGCAAAUUUACUUAUACUUGUGAUGGUCAUACAUUCAAUUAUCUCGUCGACAAUGGCUUCACUUACUGUGUUGUUGCAGUUGAGUCUGCCGGAAGACAGGUUCCAAUUGCUUUCCUCGAGAGAGUCAAGGAUGAAUUUACCAAGAAAUAUGGUGGUGGAAAAGCUAAAACUGCUGCUGCUAAAGGCCUCAACAAAGAAUUUGGACCUAAAUUGAAGGAGCAGAUGGAAUACUGUGUGGGUCAUCCGGAGGAGAUUAACAAGAUUGCAAAAGUGAAAGCCCAGGUUUCAGAAGUUAAAGGAGUAAUGAUGGAAAAUAUUGAGAAGGUUCUCGACAGAGGUGAAAAAAUUGAGCUUUUGGUGGACAAAACAGAGGACCUUCGUUCCCAGGCUCAAGAUUUCAGAAGUCAGGGUACCAAGAUCAGGCGAAAAAUGUGGUGGGAGAACAUGAAGAUAAAGAUGAUCGUUGCACUUAUUAUCUUGGCCUUGAUUCUUAUACUAAUCAUGUCCAUUUGUGGCGGCUUCAAGUGCAUCCAUUAGUUAACCAAAUUCGUAUAUGCUUUUAUAACAUUCUGAUUUUCAUCAUCUACGCUGUAUGAUAAUUUCAGACUGUUUGUAUAAUUUUUGACCAAUCCCUUGAGUUUUGACAGUGGUAGGAUAUACUCUUAGCCCCAAUACUU